AUCAGCGAUAUCCUCCAGAGUCCUCCUUCAACUCAUCCUCUAGCUAGAGCUAUAGUUAUUUAGUGAAAGCAAAUGGCGAACCCCAAAAGCCUCCUCCUCCUCCUCCUUCUCUCACAACUAGUCUUGAUGAUGGGCGGUGCGCAUGCUGCAGUCGUAACCUACAGCGUGAGCAGCUUAGGAGCCAUAGCAGAUGGCAAGACUGACUCAACCAAGGCCUUCCUCUCUGCCUGGUCUGAAGCUUGUGCGUCCGUGCAGCCCGCUGUGAUUUAUGUCCCCGCUGGGAGGUUCCUGCUUCGAAAUGCUGCCUUCAGCGGGCCUUGCAAGAACAGCGCCAUCACCUUCCGCAUUGACGGCACCCUCGUGGCCCCCUCCGACUACCGCGUCAUUGGAAACACCGCUAACUGGAUUUUCUUUGAGCAUGUGAAUGGGGUCACCAUUUCCGGAGGACUUCUCGACGGACAGGGCACUGGCUUGUGGGCUUGCAAGGCCUCAACCAAGAGUUGCCCCAGCGGAGCAACCACACUGGGUUUUUCCAGCUCGAACAACAUUGUGGUGAGUGGAUUAGUCUCCCUAAACAGCCAAAUGUUCCACAUAGUGAUCAACGGGUGUCAAAAUGUGAAAAUGCAAGGUGUGAAGGUUUCCGCCUCCGGUAACAGCCCCAACACCGAUGGCAUCCACGUUCAAAUGUCAUCUGAAGUCACCAUUCUCAACUCCAAAAUUGCAACUGGUGAUGAUUGUGUCUCAAUUGGCCCUGGCACAACCAAUUUGUGGAUUGAAAAUGUUGCAUGUGGACCAGGCCAUGGAAUCAGGUACCUAGCCUAA